AUGGAGUGCAUCGUGGCGGAAGUGGGCUGCGCAAGCGUGCAUGUUGCGGAACCUCCCGCCUUGUCAAAGUCGAAAGCGGCGCGGGUUGAGAGGCCCGCGCUGUUUGUCCGCGAGUGCCGUCUCUUGAUUCCCCCGUGGCCCCCUCUUAGGCUCUCGAUCCCCCGUACCUGUGGUCGCGCUCUUGAGGUGGUACCGGUGAUGAACCGCGAAAUGAAGGCACUUAGAGCUGGGUCGAUGGCGGCCGCCUCCUGUCCGGCCAACAUCUCUGUUGCGGGAGCCACGGUGGACCUCCCCCCCGAUCAGUGGAAGCUGCUCGCUGAUGACAAGCAUCCGUUCACGGCCCGUCUGUUCGACUUCGUCGCUUGCGUCAUUGUCUGGAGGUUUUUGGAGAAAGAGGUGCAGGAGCACGUCAGGGUGGUGACGAGCGAUGUGGUCGCGGACAUUGUCGCGGGUCGCGAUGAGGCUGUCAAGGCCUUUGCCGGUGUGAUGGAGUGCAGCCUUGUUGCAUUCUGCAUCUGGACCGAGGACUUGGUGGACAACAACUGCUCGAACGCGAGCAUGCUCCUUAUGCUCCACCCAGAUCACCUGUCGAUUGACGGUGACGAGAAUUGGCACACGCGUUUCGUUCGCGUUGCUAUUCCACCUGGUGGGCGGGAACACGUGACCGCGGCGGAGGCAAUUGUGGAGUGGUUUCAGGGUCGCGUGGACGAGGAGUUUGCUCGCGGCUCCAUUCAGUGCACCCGGGCGCGCCAGCUUCAGGAUCCCAAUCGGCUGUACGAUAUGGACGCGACGUCGUUGAAGGGCUCAUGCGGCAACCUCGCUUGUCUGUUCGCGUUAGACGCUCAGUUGGACGCGGUUGCUGCCAAUGGAUCCGGGCCGCAAUUCUCGAGGCCUACCGCGAAGACUCUGAAUGCACUGCGGCAUGACGCCCACCAAACCGCCGAAGAGCUCGCGUUCAACUUGAGCGUGGAUUUGCCGCGACACAAGCACGGCGAUGAGGCUGAGGGGGCUGAAUUGGGGAAGAUGCAUGAAGUGACAACGGGUGCGCGGGUUGCUGACCAUGGUGUACUCGCUCUCACAGGUGCCGCUGGUGUUUCGAGCUGCGGAGGUGCUCGCGGCGGGACGGCGGUCCACGCUGAUGACGAUGGGGCAGACGAUACCACGACUAAGGGUGCACCCCGCAAUGACGCUGACCGCACUGUAGCGCGUGAGGGGGAAGAGUCAAGCGAGGAGGAGGCGGAGGCACACGUGGUCGCAGCCGCGGCAGCCAACAGGCCCGCUACAUCCGGCAAGAGCAUCAAGCACCUCGCGCAGCACUUGGCCCCCGGUGCUGGAAGCGCGGCCCCGAGUGGAGUCGCGGUCGUGGGCUCCGAGGAGCUCGCGGCCGCGCUGUCUAAUGCGGUUCGGUUGCUGGAGAGGGAGGCGAGGGCGCUCGCGCAGGAAAGGGCGGCCCUGCUGGACACGCGUAACCAGGAGGCGUUGGUGCUGGGGCGAGUGGACGCGAGGUUGGGCCAGCUGCAGGGGGUGGUGGCGGACUCCAUGGAAACCGCGCAGAAGAAGUUGACGGACGAGGUUGCGCGGAAGAUCGACAACAUGUCGUCCGCGGUCUCAGCGACAGCAGAGCGGGCAAUCACAACCAGCGGGGUCACGAACGCGCUGCACACCCUCAUCGCGCUCGUCGGAGGGAGCCCGACUCCGCGCACCGGUACGGAAGAUCCGGCCGCGACGAAGAAUGCCGAUGCCGGGGAUGCUGAGCAUGAACAAGUGGGGCGCUGCAUCGCGAGGCGCUGCACGCCUGGUCAACCGGGGUCGAGCUCGCGCUCCAUCCCACCUGGAGAAGCUGCACCCAAAGCACCGGGCCCUGCCGGGGCGACCGCGACAGUGACAACCACUGCGGGUAAGGGCAAGGGUAAGUUGGAGGAUGGAGAGGUGCCGGCCGCUGUGGGUUCGCUUGCAGCGGGGCGUGAGGAGCAGUCCGCGGCGGCUGCUGCGGCGGAGGGAAGGCAGACCGCUCUCGCACCCGCUCAUCCCGCGAUUACCGCGGGUCAUCUGCACAGCGCGCUGGCAUCUGCAGGUCCGAGCGCUGCCGCGGGAGAGGCCAAGACGGAAAAACGCGGGCGAGGCAAGAAGUUGCCCCCUCCACCCGUGUACACCAUCGACGAGGACGAUGCGGACGAGGAGCUCGAGAAUCUCGCGAGCCGGUGGGUCGGGGAGGAGGGCGACGGAGGAGAGCAGGGUGUGGUGGACGCGGUCGAACUGUUUAGCGGCGGGGAGAGCGCGGACGAGCAGGACGCAGACACCGUGGUCGUGCCCAGUGGGCCAACGGGGGGACAGGGUGACACAGUCAGCAAGCGCAAAGGCUGUGGUAUCCGCCAUCCUCCCAGGGGCGGUCCUGGCUUGGUUUCUGAACCGCAUCUGGGGGGGAAGAAGCGGUGGCUUGGACAAGGCGAGCGCGACGACCUGCAGUACAAAACCGCGAUCGCGAUGAUGCCGUACGACCUGAAGGUGGAUCCCGGGCUGCACCUCAGCUCUAAGCAGAUGCGGGAUUGGGCCGCGGACCUGUCCGCUGCCGAGGGGCUACACACGGGCCUCCUCAUCACCAUGCAUCACCGCAACCUCGUGGCCAGCAGGGAAAGGUGGACCCGCAUGUUCAAGCACUACCGCGAGCUGACCCAGCCCGGAUCGACCACCACCAACGAGAUUGCUUGGGCCGCGGUGGUGGGCACGGAGGCUGCAGCAGAAGAGACGGAGCUCUACCGCGAUGUGGAUCCGCGGGAUUACGCGGGAGCGAUCGCGUGCGCGAUCGCAAUGGUGUGGGAGGUGACGCGCGGUUCGGCGGUCUCGACCGCGUCAGAUUCUGGCAAUUUGGCCGCGCGAGCGGUUAACUGCCAGAGGGAUCGAUGCCGUCUGUUCCCCGUUGUAACCGCGUACGUCAUCAGGGCUGUGCGGCGGCGCAAUUCUCGCGAGAAGCAAGCUGGUGACGACGAGCCGAAGGUAGUCCCGGAUCCGAGGGUGGUCGCGGACGCGUUUGCAUCUGAAGUCGUGAACGACGUCGUCGCCAAGUCUCGCGACCUCAGGCACAUUGAGAUGGCUGCUCGCGAAACGGUGGACGUUAUCAUCACCUGGUGCGACUGCUCGGUUGCGGGGAAGGUCAUGGAGUCCAUUGGGCUUUACCUUGCCCUGCCCAAGGAUCGUCUUAAGAAGCGGACUUGA